UAGAAUGAAACGUCCAGUCCUUUAGUUGUCUAUUCGAGUCUAUUCCCAAGCACUUUAUCCAGCUUGUGGUUAAUACAACUUGAGGCUCAGCUUAAUUCUGCAAAUUGGCUGAUUCACGGCCUGACCAAUGAGUCUUCAACAGUGGGGUUUUUAUCUAGGAAAUGUGACAGAAACUUUAAUGAUUGACAGGUGGAUGCCGAUGGUAAGGUAAUUGUGUCCUCCUUAGGGCGAUUUCUUUCAUCAGUGUAAACUGGGAGCUUUGAGUUUUAGUGUUUUAAUAAAAUAUACAAAAUGAAAUCAAAUAAAUGUUGGAAAUAUGAAACGGAAUGAAAUUUCAGUGUAGCAUUUGUAAUUCAGUAAGAAGAGAAACCUGGUCAAGGGUCUAAUUGUAGAUUUCCUUCAUCGUAUAAUGUUGUAAUAUUGUAGUGAUUCUUUGCAACUGUUCCGCUGGGUCGAUGUUAAUUUAUUUAUUUUAUUUUUUAAUAAUUUGAAAUCAUUUCAAGUUUUCACAUGUGUAGUUCUCUUACUUGAAACCUGUCUACGAGCAGCUCUUAAAGUUAUCUCAUCAUGUUGACGCUUUUCUGUGACGUGAGCCAUCAUCGACCUGUAGACAGGGAGCAUCACAGCUGAGUGUGUAAUCCUAUUUGUGUCUAUCUACUUGCCUUCUGUCUUCUCUACUCCCUCGACACCUGUUGCUCCUCAGAUUGGCAAAUUAUUUCCUUCCUGAUCACAUGAUGUUGCUGUUUUUUUUCUUCAGUACAUGUAUUCCUUGGGGGUUUUUUGGGGGGGUUUUUUUUGUCCAUUUGUUCUUCAUGUUGCAGCUAGAAAACACUGUGGAUUACAAUACAGCAUGUAGGAUAUUACAGCAAAUAAUCCCUUAUGGAAAAGUGCAAUUGGAUUUGCAGCACGUCUGAGCAAAGCAUGAAAAUAAGCGUAGACACGAUGGUGAGUAGUUUAAUUUUUGCAAUUCUUCGACUUGUAUUUAUCAGUUGUAUUAUGUAGCGAAACCCGCUUAAAAACGCCAAUAUAACUCUUUACCGUCACGUUUUGUAUCAACAAGAAAGAUUUAACACACUUUCAUAUUCAAUGAUGAGCCAUAUACCCAGAGGACAUCCUGUUUUAUAUGGAUAUAUAAGUGUUUUGGUUUAAAAAAAAAUGGAUGUUCAGCAAAAGUCAGAGAAGCAACCAAGAGGUCAAAGGUAACUCUUUACCUAAUUCUACCACCACAAUGUUCCACUGUAGCCAUGGUGAUAUCAUGAUUCUCAUGCAUAUUUGCAAAGUGGUUUUUGGUAAACAGGUUGUUCGUACACAGUGAUCACUGAAGACUUUGCUGAUGCCACCAUUUCCUGAGGUUCUUGGCUGAGUUGAUCUAAACACUUGGCCAAGGAAUAGCUCCUGGGUGCCAGAGAUUUGUUUUCAGUUGCUACCUGUCUUAACAAGCUCAGUACCAAAUCUGGCAACCUGGCUCAGAUCAUCUAAUGACAUCUGAAAUAGCUCCAUUCUGUCCUCUGAGGGGUUCAACUCCUUCCUCUCAUCCUCGUUUUGAAUGAGACUGCGACCCCUUUGAGAUCGGAUCAUUCAUAUAGGUGGAUGUUGUUAUGCACUAUUGGUGUUAUGGAUAUUCACUGAACCUGAUAAAUCCUUUACUCUGGUCUUAAGCAUGGCUAUCUAUCUGAUGACUUCUGUAUUAUUGUAUUCAAGUUAGUUGGUUGUUUUUUUUUUUUACCCGACAUUGUCACAAAGCAGCUUUACAUAAAACAGGAUGCAGCUUUAGAUCCCUUGAUGAACAAGCCAGAAGCAACAGUGGUGAGAAAUAUGAGGAAGAAACCUUGAGAGGAACUCAAAUGACUCAAAUCUUGUGCAGAUCUUCAGGGUGUCCAUGUAGGACCAUCUACAAAUGGAGAUGGUACACAGCCUGGACAAUCUUAUAAACAAUAUCCCCAUAAGACAAGUAUAUGGUAGCUGUUUUAGCCCAGUUGAUUCCACAAUGAACUGUCCUUGGUUGGAUCAUGCAUACAGAACACUGCAGACAGCACUCUCCUCCAAGUGUGUUUAGCUCCCCCAUUUCACUUCAAAAGUGACAGUUCGCAAAGAUAUGGCCUCUUGCCAUUGAUUUCAUGAACAAGAAUGUCAUCCUUCAUGAAAUGUCAACACCACUACAAAGCACUGUGAUGUUAAAGCUAUAGCAAGUUGUUGGAUACUUUCAAAUAGACUUAUAGUCCAUUUAUUCAUCUUCAGUAACCACUUCAUCCUGGUCAGGGUCGAGGUGAAACUGGAGAUUAACCUGGGAACACUGGGUGCAGUGUGGGAGAAUUCACCAAGGACGGGAUGCCAGUCCAGUAGAGAGGGUGUUGUGAUGGUGCAGUGCGGUCCUGAGCUUUGGUUGAAUCUGUGUAUAGUUUCACAUGUUCUCUUUGAGGGCUUUCUCAGGGUUGCAAAGUUGCUUCCAGCUUUGAUAGGAAUGUCAGGAGUCAUUAGAAGAAAAGAUACUGAUUACAGAGAAGGUCAUUAGGGUAAAAUUUCAGUAAGAAAUUACACAAUAUAUUCUUCCCUUUUACUCAGUGAUCCUGGGGUAGUCUCCAGAUCAACUAUGAUGUUGAUCAGGAUAAAGUGGUUACUGAAGAUUUUAAAUGUUAUUAUAUAUCUACCAUGAAGAUGAAGGAAAGGUCUCUCCUUUUUUUUUUUUUGCAGAUACAUCUGUCUCUUUUACCUGAAAGACAGACAAGAUUGUUAAAUUUGUCAUGAUGUUGGAUGGGAACUGCUGCAACGAGUCCCACAACAUGCAGAAGAUGCAGGUCCCAUCCCAUCUCGCCCCGUCCUUGUCUCCGGGCGUGCGGCGCAAGCGGCUGAUGUGGAAGAAUGCCGUCAAGCACAUCAUCAGCCAGCCUGAGCUAAAGGAGCAGUAUGGUGCCGAGCCAGCACGCAAGAUUUACGUCACUGACGUCUACAUUGAGGAAAUAAACCGGCAGAUACGCAGCAAGACGUCACGCGGUUGCACCAAACGCCGUUCCUCUGUUGUCCGUGUUCAUCCAUCCUUCUUCAGAGAGCAAAACUCUUCCAACAGCUCUCAGGCAGGUGUGACCGCAGAGUUUGCCAGCGACGCGGAUUUUUUUGUGCGCUGGGGCCAUACUAUUCAUGGAGUCUAUGUCCCAACUCUGAGACACACCUUCAAAUCUCGUGACCUGGAGAAGCUCUACCAGAGGCACUCAUCACACACCAGACGUACCUCACUGGUGGUCACGAACAUUAUAGAUGCUGCUGCAAAGCUGCACCUGCUGGUCCUGUAUCUGGCCUUUGCGCCAGACGGAAUAGACCCACUACAUGCCUGGAUUACUAGCUUUUUCAUGGUGUUUGCGGUAUUGCUUUGUGUUCUUGUGUUCACCUGCAAGCGUUCCCAUUUUCCAGAGUGGCUGCAUUAUGCCGGCAUGGCCAGCUGGGUGUCACAGACUGCCCAGGUGCUGAUAAGGCUUGGGUACGGGCUAGAGAAUGACCCGUCCUGGUAUGUACUGUUCACCCUGUUUGCCACAUAUACACUUCUGCCAUUACCACUGCUGUGGGCAAUGGGGGCUGGCUCACUAACUUCAACACUGCACCUUAUCACGGAGACCGUACAGCACUUCAGUGAAGUGGGAUUGCUGAGAAAGAUUCUUGCAAAGGCCUUGCUGUAUAUGAGUAUGAACACAGCAGGGCUAUUCAUCCAUUAUCUGAUAGACCGGGCUCAGAGACAGGCCUUCCUCGAGACUCGGCGCUGCAUUGAAGGCCACAUGAAGCUGGAGAUGGAAAACAAAAGACAGGAGCGUCUGGUGUUGUCUAUACUUCCUCGCUUUGUUGCCUUGGAGAUGAUUGCUGAUAUGACCUCCAUGGAUGAUGAACUGCUACCUCAGCAGUUUCAUAAGGUCUACAUCCAUCAGUACACUGAUGUCAGCAUCCUCUUUGCUGAUAUAAAGGGAUUCACCCUGUUGUCCAUGACCAUGUCUGCACAGGACUUGGUGCGCACCUUGAAUGAGCUCUUUUGCCGUUUUGAUCGUCUGGCUGAGGAACACCACUGCAUGAGGAUAAAGAUUCUGGGUGACUGUUACUACUGUGUGUCUGGAGUCCCAGAGCCGCAGAGAGCUCAUGCUCGGUGCUGUGUAGAGAUGGGUCUGGCUAUGAUCAUCACCAUACGAAAUGUGCGAAAGAAGCUGAACCAUGACAUGGACAUGCGGAUCGGGAUCCAUUCUGGCUCGGUUCUAUGUGGGGUUCUGGGCCUGCAGAAGUGGCAGUUUGAUGUGUGGUCCUGGGAUGUUGGCGUAGCCAACAUGCUAGAAGCAGGCGGGAUCCCUGGCCGUAUCCACAUCUCACGCGCCACACUGGACUGCCUGGAGGGGAGCUACGAAACCGAGGAUGGCCGCGGUUAUGAACGCAACGAGUUUCUGCGUAAACACAACAUCGACACUUUCCUCAUCUGCCCCAAGGAGGAGGAGGACGCUGUAGAGGUGGAGCCUUCCAAAAUAAGCAUGACCAUUCGCACCUCCAACACAGACAAUUUAUUUGGCAGCAUCAAUAAUAUGAGCUGUAUCUUGGCGUCAUUCACAAAUGGCUCUCUGGUGCAGCAGCCCAAUUCGAGAAACAAAUAUUCCAGCGCCAAAGAGAUUAAUAAACGGAUAGAGCACGCCAUUGACCUGCGCAGCAGUGAGCGUAUGCAACAGGAGCACAUCUCUCCUUCCACACUGGUGUUCAAGGACACACACAUUGAGAUGAAGUUCUCUCAGAUGAGGGAUGAAACAUUCAAGACCAACCUGGUAUGCUCCUUCAUCAUGCUCGUCUUCCUCAUGGCAGUCCAAGCCCUUAUCCCUGCACCCAGGCCAUAUCCCAUCAUCGUCCAGUUCUGCGUGGUGCUGCUGGGAUAUCUGCUGUUGCUGGUGAUGGCUCUGGCUGAGGAGUUCAAACAAUUCCCCUCUUCACUUCAACGAUUCUGCUGCUGGAUUCAUGAGAACAACUUUAUGCGCUCUUUGCUCACCGUCACUGCCAUAGCCUUGAACUUCGGCAUGGCUUCUGCUGACAUGGUGUGGUGUAACGUCAUGCGUGAAGAUGUGGAACGCACUAAUGAGACCAGCCAAAGACCUCUAACUGUCUGCACUUAUCCUGAGUUUUUUGUAUUGAGUGGCGUUGUCUCCAUGGUUACCUGUGCAGUGUUUAUAAGACUCAGCUCUCUUCUGAAGCUCACCGUUCUGUUACUGGUAGCCACAGUAUAUACUUACUUUGUUGAAGUGGCCUUCCAUACUCUUUAUGUCAAUCAACAAGAGCCGGAGCAACUCUCCAGAUCUUACUACCUGAGAAGAAAAGGCACCUCAGUUCUGUUAAUGGCAAUGUUUGUGAUAGCUGUGUUCUACAACGGGCGACAGUGGGAGGCCACAGCCAGACUGGACUUCCUGUGGCGCCUGCAGGCCCAACAGGAAGUGGAGGACAUGCGAGAGCUGAGAGAGCACAACGAGUGUCUGCUGAACAACAUCCUGCCUGCACAUGUCGCUCACCAUUUUCUGGACAGGAACAAGAAUGAUGAUGAGUUGUACGCACAGUCAUAUGAUGAAGUCGGCGUGAUGUUUGCCACCAUUGCUGGCUUUAAUGAGUACUACGAGCAGAAAGAGAUUAGACACGAGGGGGUGGAGUGUCUCAGGCUCCUCAACGAGAUCAUUGCUGACUUUGAUGAGUUGUUAGAUGAGACAUACUUUUUGGAUAUUGAGAAAAUCAAAACCAUUGGGAGUUGCUACAUGGCAGCAUCUGGCUUAUCACCUAAUAAACAGACUCGAGGUGGCAGCGACUGGCAUCACCUGAGCGAACUGGUGCUUUUUGCUCUGGCAAUGCAAGAGACCUUGAGAGCGAUCAACAAACACACCUCCAACAACUUCCAGCUCCGUGUCGGAAUCGCACACGGACCUGUUGUUGCCGGGGUGAUCGGAGCAGCUAAGCCGCAGUACGAUAUCUGGGGGAUGACGGUAAACCUGGCGAGCCGCAUGGACAGCACAGGCAUCAGUGGGAGGAUCCAGGUCCCCGAGCAAACCAAGAAGAUUCUGUCCAACUGGGGAUUUGUGCUGGAGCUGCGUGGCGAGAUCUUCAUUAAGGGCGUGAGUGAGCGGCAGGGACGCUUACGCACCUACUUUAUCAACAACAGCAGGGCUUACCGGACCAUCAACAUAUCCACGAAAGGGGGAAGGACAGCCGGACGCAGCAUAGGGAGGAACACGCUGGCUUCAGUGGUGUUUAGUCUCCUCCGGGCCAUCCAGAAGGAGAAGCAAAGCGGCACCGCUGGACGAUUCUCACUGUCCACGAACAGCAUUCAAUGUUAAUAUUAAAAACUGUAUGAAAACUGACAUGACCAAUGAAAUGAGCUGUACUUGUUGCCUUCACUCUCCAAGAGAAAUUUCACCAAAUUUCAUAGUCCUCAAUUCUGUAGUUAUAAACAACAAAAUCCCCCAUUCGUUUUAUUCACACACAGUCUAACUCAUGGUUACAUGCCACACCAAACAUUACUAGAUUUCAUGUCUUUUCAUUCGGCUGAAUUUAUUAACAGAUAUAUGUAAUCACAUGGUGAAAUUUCCUUUUAAAGGUUCAUGAAACCUCCCUCUUUCAGCUCAAGACUACCUCUCAAUGUUUUUGAAAAAUGCAGCUUAAAUGGGCGUGGAUGGCUGUGCGAAGAAGGGAGUGGGAGUGGGCGUGGCAGGGAAAGGCAGAGGAGGAAGAGGCGAGCCUUCAGAGUUCUCACAAUAAAGAUGGAUAGUGACAAAAUGUUUGCAGAUGAGGCAGAGGACUUCUCUCCUCCUGAAUCCCCAGGGCUAAAUGGAGACACGAUAGAUAGCAGUGUAGGUCCUACGCCCUGUCUAUUUGAAUCAUUAGCCCCUGGCAUGACUAUGGAGGAAAACAAAACAAACCCGGUAGCGCAGAUGAGAGAAAUGUUGGAAUGGUAGCUAGCUAAUAGGCUCGAGCUUUUCACGAAUAAAAGGCGAAGGCUCUUCCCUUCAACGCGGAUUCUCGUUGUAUAGUUUUGCACGCGACGGCCCGCGGAGCUUUAAGUGGUUUAAUUAGCUCGAAAGGCAAGUAAAAUGUUUAAAAUUAUGGUUUUAACCAUUUAUGGUUAAAAUUGGUUAAAAUUAGUUAACCAUGGUUAAAAUUAGACACAUACCUCAUUCGAAGGGAUGGAAAAGUCCUC